GUGUGGUCGGGUGGCCCCAUAUAUUGCAUAAUGCUCAUAACCUACGCCUCAACUUUACAUUAUAAAACUACAAACCCCACUCAAUUCAUCCCACUGAUCUCUCUGCAUCGAUACAUUCAUCGAUUUUAUCAACGAUUUGAUCUGAAAAUGGCGACGAAGAAGAGUGUGGGUACGCUGAAGGAAGCCGAUCUAAAGAGCAAAAAAGUUCUGGUGAGAGCGGAUCUGAACGUGCCGUUGGAUGAUAACUUCAACAUUACCGAUGAUACCAGGAUCAGAGCCGCUGUCCCUACCAUCAAGUAUUUAACGGGAUAUGGUGCUAAAAUCAUCCUCACUUCUCACCUUGGCCGUCCAAAAGGUGUCACACCAAAAUACAGUUUAAAGCCUCUCGUUCCCAGACUAUCUGAGCUUCUUGGGAUCCAGGUCAAGAUGGCUAAUGACUGUAUUGGUGAAGAAGUUCAGAAGCUGGUGGCUGAAUUGCCAGAUGGUGGUGUUCUUCUCCUGGAGAAUGUUCGGUUUUACAAGGAAGAGGAGAAAAAUGAUCCCGAGUUUGCAAAAAAGCUUGCUUCUCUUGCAGAUUUGUAUGUUAAUGAUGCAUUUGGAACUGCGCACAGAGCUCAUGCCUCAACAGAGGGAGUUACCAAGUACUUGAAGCCAUCUGUUGCUGGAUUCCUUAUGCAGAAGGAACUUGAUUAUUUAGUUGGAGCUGUGUCCAACCCAAAGAAGCCUUUUGCUGCCAUUGUGGGGGGCUCAAAGGUCUCAUCCAAAAUUGGUGUUAUUGAAUCACUGUUGUCCAAGGUAGACGUCCUGAUUCUCGGUGGUGGUAUGAUCUUCACUUUCUACAAAGCCCAAGGACUUGCGGUGGGAUCCUCACUUGUGGAGGCCGACAAGCUUGAUCUUGCAACUUCUCUCAUGGAGAAGGCUAAGGCUAAAGGAGUAUCUCUUUUGCUGCCUUCUGAUGUAGUUAUUGCUGACAAAUUUGCUGCUGAUGCCAAUAGCAAGACUGUUUCAGCAUCUGCCAUUCCCGAUGGAUGGAUGGGAUUAGAUAUUGGACCAGAUUCGAUAAAAUCAUUUGGUGCAGCUCUUGAUUCUACCAAGACAAUCAUCUGGAAUGGCCCAAUGGGUGUUUUUGAAUUCGACAAGUUUGCAGCAGGAACAGAGGCUAUCGCAAAGAAGUUGGCAGAACUCAGUGGCAAGGGAGUUACAACAAUCAUAGGAGGUGGUGACUCAGUUGCUGCAGUGGAGAAGGUUGGACUCGCAGAGAAGAUGAGCCAUAUCUCAACUGGAGGUGGUGCGAGCUUGGAACUUCUCGAGGGAAAGACACUACCUGGAGUCCUUGCCCUUAAUGAUGCAUAAGCUAUCUUGUUUCAUCGUCUCAAAAUGCCCUUUUAGUUGGCGUGUCUGGUUUUCUGUGAAAAACACAUUGUUGAGAUGUUAGAGUUGGUCUUGUAGAGUGGUAGGCUGUAAACGCUAAUAAUCGUCACCAAUAUAUUUUGGUACAAUAACGGAGAUUUUUCAUCUUUGUUUUUUACUCA